AUGAUCGGAUUGGAUGCCCUCAAGCCACACGUGUUCGUAAUGGACCCAAACGAACGUCAGAGCGGCACGAAUCGAGGGAUGACAGUUGUCGGUUCAAAGGUUUGAGACGUUCCUUGGAGAUCAGUCCCAGCGGCUAUGAAUGAGCUUGUUUUUCCGACUCGCUUUAUGACCCAAUUAAACGGGGACCUGAUUAGAUCUGUUAUCACAAGGUGUUAGAGGGUCUUUAGGAGCGUGGCCAAAGUUGGGAGAUCCUUAAUCAAAGUCCAGGAAGUUGUCAGUAAAAAAGACGACAUCCCCCAUCAGCUAGGAGUGUUUUGUUUACGUGAGCACAUUCUCUCGAAUUCUGAGGACGCUUUGCUUGGAAUUCAGGCAUGUGAUGGUACCUGUUUGAGGUUGAACUGAUUUUUGCCUUGAUUUAAAAUCCUUGUAAUUUGAUUAUCUCCGUUCCGAACGCCGAUCUGAACGUCAGUUGUCGUGUUUUAGGAAACCCCAGACUGUUUGGGUUGUGCUUUGAACAAAAAUCAAAGGCGUGAAUUUUAAUGUCAUGUUGUUUACAGUUUCUUUUUAUCCUCUCCAUAAAGUGGUUCUUUGCAGAAUAUUGGACGGGUCUCCGUGAUGGAAUUGACUCCGAUCGGCGCCGAGUUUGAGUCGAUCAUAGCAGCCGUCCUCCUCUUCCUAUUCGGUGGGAUCAUCUGUUUCUUGGCCUGCUUUGGUGUUACCCAUUGCUAUCUCUGUUACAAACGACGAAUUCUACGGAAGAAGCGAAGACGUGACCGGUCCGAGGAUUUUAAUUACACUACGUUGGACUUGGAAUCACAAACAGAUGAGGUCUAUGUUACAGAUGGGAAGAAGUUGAAGGUCAAGAACGAGAACCCGGUUCAAAGGCCAUCCAAUGCGAGUCUCAUUUCGAAUGGUUCCUCGGAAACUACUGGCUCCACAAAGAGUACGAAUACUUAA